AUGCAAGUUUGGUUAGGUAGACGAACAAUAUUGGAAGUCAGUUGUGCAGCGAAAAGCGUUCAAAUUCAUUUGAUUGCAAAUAGACCCAUCCGCUCAAAAACGAUAUGGGUAGAGGGUGUGGUUGGUGGUGAGCACAUGAUCAUUCGAUACGAUGCAGACAAGUCCGGAACGCAUGCUCAGUGUCACGAUCGAGAUGACGAAUUUGGUCAUUACACCUGCGGCUCUGGUGAAUCUGACCAAAUUCGAUGUCUUCCUGGAUGGCAAGGCAAAGACUGUCUGGAUCCAAUAUGUGCUCCUUACUGUCAUCCAGCUGGCGGUUGGUGUCUGAAACCCGGAGAGUGUCGAUGCAAGAGAACAUGGACCGGGGCGAACUGUGCGCGAUGUAUUCCCUGUCACCCGAACCAGUGUGCAUAUUUCUCCUACUAUUCAUGUGUUUGUGAGUAUCCUGCUGCACAGUUCACGUGCAAUGAUUUGGAAAAAAUUGAACAAUCACCUAAUCAAGAGUCGAGGCAAACCAUCUAUCAUCGUGUGGUUGAUCUGGACAUUAGCUACCGAUUUCUAUCCGGCGCGGAGUUAGUCUUCUACUUUUAUGAGAACCUAAAGGACGGUACUUUGGAACGAGUGGCAGCACAUUUGCAAAUCAAAACAAAUGAUUGUUUUUCACCAGCUUAUCAAUUAGGUCACAAAAUUCAACAUCGUAUUCAACGUCGUGGUUCUUCACUUGUGGAUUUAUUCACAAUCAAACUACCGUCUAAAGUGAUCAGUUCUACUGGAUCCGAUCACUGCCACGUUCGCACUGGACUGGUGGAUGAACAUCCUGGACAAUCUUUACAUUUACUCAGCUGGAGUGAAUAUAUGCGUAUGAUAGAACAAGUAUGGGGUGGUCGAUGGAAAUAUUUUGAUGCUUUGGAUACGGAAGAGGCAUUCCAGUUGGCAGGACUUUUAACCAUUCACUGGGGUUUGUCAAGCAAGCUUAAUUUGAAUAGUGCUUGUCCUCACAUGACCGUGUCCAGAAAGGAAGGAACUGAUCUGAGCCACGUAUAUAUGCGACAGGCUCAGUCUCAGAAGCAAUACUUUAAACAAUGGAAUCGUUUUUACAAGGAUGAUUUAUACCAGCCUUAUUGGAUAUUCGAUUCGGUGAAUGAAAGUGAUCGCUCUGACGGAUUUUCGUAUUUCCGUUUUACUCUAAACAACCGCAGUCAAUUUCAUGAGGUCAAACUCUAUGCCUAUUGUAUGACCAGCGGUUUGGGAUUGUGGAUUGGAGAAACUGACCUAAUUCGAACCACUUGGGGUCUCACAAUCAAUUUUAACGGCCCGUCAACAGUAGCACAAAACGAGGUUCCAUAUUUUAGGGUUAUGCUUCAUCUUGUAGAUGGAUUUCCCUGUGGUCAAAUAGAGCUGAGUGUACUUGGAACGCUGGGUGCAACAGAAGACAUGACCCCACCAAAUGUAACCUUAUGCAUAUGUCCUGAAGAGACACAUGAGUUGCAUUUUGCCAAAGCGAUAUAUGCCUCCGAAGCAUUGAAUUUAACCAUAACAGCAAAACUGUGGUCGUCAGCAAUUCUUUGCUCUCGGCGUCAGAUUGCUGGGGGAAUUCUGAACACCAAUUCCAAGCGUCUUGUAACUAAAUUUCAGUCAAUCGUCACCGUUCGAGUUUUAGAACGAUAUUGGCCAAUGAAAGUAGGACUUCAAGCUCUUGUCUGCGAAACUGUUGACGAAGGACCAACCGUCGUAUUAAGUUCAAACGACAAGACUAAUUCUUUGUCGGAAGCCAUGGGACCGAUAUUUGUGACAACCAUCUGCAGUCUGAACUGUGCUUUAACACUUCGUGCAGUUAACUCGGUCUCAAAACUAAUCAGUUUGGAUACCAACGAUAAACUAUACCUAAUCAAGGAAUAUUUGCGGAACAAACAAAAUCCUUCAGACGGAUGCUUUUAUGAGAGUGGAAGAAAAAUGCCUUACUCUACCCACGGCGAAAAUGGUCGCCUGAGUGGACGCUACGACCACGUUCUGCUCACAUCUUACGUUCUUCUCGCUCUACAGGGAUCAACCGCGGACUCCCACGAUCCACGAAAAGACCUCGUGCAUGAUGAUGAUGAUGCCAUUGAAAUGAGACGGCGAGCAAUUUUGUGCUUGAAAAGGAUAUCGUUGACAUUCGACGAUACGACACUAUCCAACUACGCUUGGGCUUUGUUAACCUACUCGAUGUCCAGAGACCCGUUAACACCAGUAGAGAUCAAUUCUAUCAACAUAAGGCGUCUAACUUUGAAUUUGGAUUUCAUAAUCCCUUCCGACGAUACCAGCUUGCCCAUGGCUUAUGUUCAUGAUAACAGUGAUCCAAGUAAUCCCAGUCGCAUGAUCAAUUCAUUAGCCAUGGAAGCAACUGCUUACACUUAUAUGACCGUUUCCGGUAAAGUAUCCUAUGAGAAACAAUUACAUUUGAUCAAGUAUCUGUUUGCUCACAGUGAAUGGGAUUUUGAAUCCAGAUUGACUCAUGCAUCAAGCACCGUUUUUCAGGCACUGGUGCACUUUGCCAAGCAGAACAGUCAGAUCGCGUGGUUUCAACGAGAAUAUGUGAAGUGUACCAGUCAGAUUCAUCCUUCGGGUCAAACAAUCGUCAACGUUUUGCGCGAUUCUGAACAGUUCAUUCCAAUGCCAAAAAGUCUUAUGGUUCCAAGUAGAACAAAUAUUACAUCGAUUUCAUGGACAGUGGAGAACUUGGUCGCCAACCAAUGUGCUCUAGCGAAUACAGAAUUCGUUUUUGCCUCACGUUUCAUGUCAGCAUACAACUCGCGUGAAACUUUGCUUCACUUAGAAGUGCAUGAAAUCGAUCGCAAACUGUGCACGUCCCCCAAGUUAAAGAUUUGUGUGUGUACCAGUACGGAAAAGAGACCUAAUCUCUCCGGAACCCUAGUGUUGGAAAUUUGGCCACCAUCAAGCUAUUCUCUCCCUAACAGGAGUUCGGCAUUUUGGCAAAUUUAUAAUCAAUCUGCGGAAAAUAGAGGAAAACCACGUCACAUUCGAUUCGGUAGAAGUGGAGAGGUAUUGGUAUUGUUUGACGGAUGGACUGAAGAAGAAAUUCACAACCGCGGAAAGCUUGAAGACAUCCGUCGAUGUGUGUCGAUUCGCUUUCGUCAGGUCUAUCAUGCAGAAAAUGCCCAGCCGCUAAAACUAAAAGCUUACGAUUUGCAUCGGUUGUAUCCGGAAGCUAGACGUACUCACCGGCUUCCGAGUUGCCAACGUUGGUACGAAAUCGAAGACCGACUCGAACUUCCGGGGGAUUACGGCCCGGUGAAUCGAAUACCUUGUCCUAUUUGUUUACACAUUGAAGAGGACCCAACGCGACUGGCUAAAGCAUUGGAGCAUGAUGUUUGCGAUCAUCGUGGGGAUCUACUUGUAUUUGAAACGGUUAAGGGGAAUUUCGGUUUUGGUGAACCCGUGAUAAUGUACACCACACGCAUGAAAAACUCAUCAAGUUAUUGGCUAACAAAAGUGAAGUUACACAACGAAAAUUGUACAUGUAAAUUGCCAAAAACAACCACAAAUGUAUUUGUUUUUACUAGUGUCCUGUUCGACUACACAGUUCGUGAUUCCCAGUUUGAUUUUAAACUAUUCGGGUACACGAACUUCAUUCAUCAUAUCAGUUGCGGCAAUUCUAUAAAAUCUGUCGAAUAUUUGAUCAAUUAUUUGUCUAGUAAGAAUCGUGAAGUUAAAUGUACUCAGGCCCUGCUUGGUCUUCGAAUUGUUUUGCACAAUAUGCACAAACAACUUAACGAAUGA